CCGGCUCCGGCUCCUCCGGCCGCCCGGGGCCAGGCGGCGCGAGGUAGUAAAUCCAUGUGGGCGGCCGGCGGCUUCGCCAAGAUCUCUGGAGUUAUUUUCUGAUAUAGACUAUGAAGAGAAUGCAGUGAAAAUCCUGGACAAGUGUGAAAAUAUUAGCUUAAACCCCAACUUAGUAUAGCAUUUCUUCUCUUCUAUAGUACCUCAUAAUAGAAGAAAAAUGUAUGGAAGUGCAAGAACAAUCACCAAUCUGGAAGGUAGCCCUUCCAGAUCUCCUCGUUUGCCAAGGUCUCCUCGCUUGGGCCACCGAAGAACAAGUAGCGGGGGAGGUGGAGGAACAGGCAAGACUCUGUCUAUGGAGAACAUCCAGUCCCUCAAUGCAGCCUAUGCUACGUCUGGACCCAUGUAUCUGAGUGAUCAUGAAGGGGUGGCUUCAACAACUUACCCAAAGGGCACCAUGACUCUGGGAAGGGCUACCAAUCGAGCUGUGUAUGGAGGCCGGGUCACAGCCAUGGGGAGUAGUCCCAAUAUUGCUUCCGCUGGACUUUCCCACACAGAUGUCCUUUCAUACACGGAUCAGCAUGGUGGUCUGACUAGCACAUCCCAUCAUCACCACCACCAGGUCCCCUCCAUGUUGAGGCAGGUAAGAGACAGCACGAUGUUAGAUCUUCAAGCCCAGCUCAAGGAACUCCAGAGAGAGAACGACCUCCUCCGGAAAGAGCUAGACAUCAAGGACAGCAAGUUGGGGUCUUCCAUGAAUAGUAUCAAGACUUUCUGGAGUCCUGAGCUUAAGAAGGAGAGAGUUUUGAGAAAAGAAGAGGCAGCACGAAUGUCUGUCCUCAAGGAGCAGAUGAGGGUUUCCCAUGAAGAAAAUCAGGUAUGUCAGACGGAACACAUCUUUGAUGGACAUUUACUGCUGACCACUGACGUCUAGUCCUCUACGUCUGGGCUAUUUCUGGGCUACUUCUAGGAGAAUUGCAACUCCCUAACCCUUGAAGUCAGGUACAAUCGUGUAUGUAUUUCUGCCCAGUAGACUGUGACUGGAGGUGAUAUGUGCCACUCCCGGGUUGAAGUAUUGAAUAUCCAGGGUGUGCGUCUUCACUUCCUCCUCCUGCUUUCGCCACUGUCAGCUUGGGCCCCAGAAGGAGGCCUCCCGAAGUACCAGAGGCAUAUAGCAUGAAUGGAAAUUCAGCCUUUGCUGUUUAAAUCGCUGAGAUUUGGGGAUGGUCUGUUACCAUAGUUUACCCUAAUCUAGCCUGAUCAGUGCAGUGUCCAAGCGGAACUUCCUAUCUUUCCCUUCACACGUGCCACCUUUUUGUUCUUUAGUUCAUAGGGUAACACUGUUAUAUAUUUACUUGACAGAAACCUGGGGAUUAUCUUUUUCUUUUCUAUCUUCUCUUGCUCCCAGUAUCCAGCCAAUUCUCAGAUCUUUUAGCUUCUAUUUCUUUAAUACCAGUUUUAUCGUACCUCUCUGUUGAGUCCCACUACUGUUGUCUUGUUUUGGGGUGUAUAACCUCCCACCUGGACUAUUCUAUCUAUUCACCCUUUUUAUAAUCCUCCGGCAGUCUACUCUAUCUCAUGUCCCUUCAUUUCUCACAAAUCUUCAUAGGUUCUAUGCUGUUCCUAAGAGAAAACGAAACUCCUCAGCAUGUUGAGCCAGCCUCUCCGUGAUCCUGUCUCCCCAGGGCACUCUCUGUAUAUGUGCAGUCCAUACUGAACUACUUUCAGUAUCCUUUGUCCAGAAGGACCUAUCUAUUUGCCUGUCAAUCUCUCUCUUAUGCCUUCAAGUUUUACUUUAAGAGCUCCCUCCCCUCUAAUGCCCUUUUUGAUUUUCCCAGGUGCACUUACACAUUCCUUUCUCAACAUUCUCUUUGUACUUUAUACAGACUUCUUUGCUUAUACCAGCAUAUUAAAUGUAAUUGCUUGCAUACCUGGUUCUCUUACUAGAUUGUCGCCUGCUUGGUGGCAGUUUUUGCCCACAUAAUUAACAGAAUGUCUAUUACAUAGACUUUUUUUUUUUUGGCUUAAAAGAUAUCAUCAAUCUUUUAUUUAAGCACUACCCUUCAUUUUGAAGGAAAUGAUACAUUUUCAAAUCAGAACUUCCUUCUCAAGAGGUGGUAUAAGAACAUAACAUUGAUUUAACUUACAACCUUCAGCAAAAAUAAAGUUUAUACAAUUCAUUGGGAAAUAAAAUGCAUGUAGAAUUUAUCCUGCUAGUCAAUGUAAUUCUCCAUGGAUCACAAGUAUUAUAGCCAAGAACAAAACGACCUAAUGAGAAGUUGAAUGAUCCAGUCAAGUUUAUAGUUACCAUGAUUAAAAACAAAUUCAAAAAUAACAUGUAAUUUUCCAAACAAAUCCAUUUGAUGACCAUGAUCACACUAGAUUUUAUUCUAAUUUAUAAAAAAUGGUUAGACAAGCACAUAUCAAGAGUCUUCAACACAGUGGAUUCCGUUUUGGUAAGAAAAAAAAUAGAAAUUGUAAUUGUUUAAUGAAUAAUUUAUUGUUAUUUUUAAUAAGAAAUAAUUGUUUUGAUGAAAUAAAAACAUGACAAUUUAAGUUCAGUAACAAAACUUUUUAAGACUACAGUUUUUAUUCUUUUUCAGGGGAGGAUGGCAUACAUUUUAAGAAUCAAAAGAACUUUUCUUUCAACAAAGACUUAGGUGCCUAAAAUGUUUUCAAUAUCAGUGAAUACUUACUGUUAUUUUUUAAUAAAAAGGUGAGGAACAUUGUUUGCAUUCCCUCACAUACUUACCAUUUAUUUGUAACGAGAAUAAUUUAAAAGCUACUCUCGUAGCAAUUUUUAAAUAUACAAUGCAUUGAUAUUAACUAUAAUCACCAUCUUGUACAAUAGAUCUCUGGAACUUAUUCCUCCUAUCUGUCUGAAAUUUGUAUCCUUUGGUCAUUAUCUCUCUACUCCUACCACAGACCCUGGUAACCAUCAUUCUACCCUCUAUUUCUGUGAGUUUGACUUUUUUAGUUUCUACAUAUAUCAUGCAGUAUUUGUUUUUCUGUGCCUGGCUUAUUUCACUUAACAUGACAUCCUCCAUGUUCAUCCAAGUUCCUGAAAAUGACAAGAGUUCCUUUUUUUUUUAAAGACUCAAUGCUUUCCAGUGUGUGUGUGUGUGUGUGUGUGUG